AAGAAGCAAAGCAACUAGCUAGUCUAAUAUUUCUUUGGUUUUCCCCUAGUUGUUGUGAGCAAAAAUUAAUUAUAAACAUAUCUGUCGCAAGACCAAAAGAUGGGAUCGAGAGGGAUGAAAAUUUGCAUGGCUUUAGCUGCAAUAGUGAGCAUCAUUUCAACAGGAGCAAUGGCUCAAUCCAGCUGCAUGAACGCGUUCUUUAGCAUGUAUUCAUGCCUUAGCUAUGUCACUGGAAGUUCAAAAACACCGUCCAGCUCUUGCUGUUCCGCCCUCUCUGGCGUGCUGCAGUCGCAGCCCAGGUGCCUUUGCACCAUUGCUAAUGGAGGUGGUUCGUCGUUGGGCGUCCAAAUUAAUCAAACUCUUGCGCUUGCACUGCCUGGUGCAUGCAAGCUGCAAACUCCUCCUGUUAGUAGAUGUUAUGCUGGUAAUGGACCGGCAAUGUCUCCAAUGCCAAUGGGUUCGCCAGAGGGUUCAGUACUUCCCACGGAACAGAGGAUUCUUAAACUGGUUCAUCGUUUUAAGGCUCGAAGACAACAGGGACCAGCAGUACCUAUGGUGGAAGCCCCUUAAAUCUCCCUCUUCAAAUUGUUGGAGCCUUCUCUCAUUUCAUGGUUUCUAUGCUGAAGUUUCUGAGUUUCAUUUAGGAGUUCCAAAGAAGUAAUGUAUUUAUGUAAUGUCAUGUUAUGUUGUGAAGUGAUUUUAUAUUAUAGUGUAUUGUGCAUCCUUCUCAAUUUGCCAGUUCUCUCUAUAUUCUACUGUCCUAGCAAUGCAAUGAACUCCAAAAGUU